GGCGGCUAUCGGUGUCGCAAGUGUGGAGGCUGUGGCCCUAAAGGGACAAUCAGCCUUGUCUGGUGAUCGGAAUCCCAAGGAGUAAUCGUACUCGCCCUGUGGUAGCUGGAGUGUGCGACUAAGCGCUAGGCGAGAGAACGGUGAGGGACUCUGGCCUGCAAGGGGUAGCUGAUACCGUAAACCGGUUGUAAGCGAUACAUAGGGAGGCCGCUGCCAGUCCAUCAUCAUGCCCUCUCCAUCCACAUAAAAUCCAGCUGAGCAAUAUGAUGCCCGACGAGCAGGAAAAGAGCGUACACUCGCCGGAGCGGCAAGACCAUCGCAACUUCACGGAAGCGUCGAAGGUUGAAAAUCUCCCUACCCGACUCAAACAGCACUUGACCAGCCACAUUCGAGUCAACUUCCUCGCCGAAACCGAGCUCCUAAUCCUCACCUUUUGCACGGGAAUCCAAGAUGCGACCACCUUCCCCGACUACCAUUGUUUCGCCUCAAAUCAGACAGGCAAUACUGUCAUGCUGGCAAUGGCUGUGCUUUUGCCCAAUAUCACACACGAGUUGUUUGUGACGGGAAACAUCGGAGUGUCUUUGGGUUGCUUCGUCGUUGCAGGAUGGUUGACCGGGCAGUUGGGUCAUAUAAUAGGGCCGCGAUCACGUCACUGGAUAGUGUUUUGCAACUUUGUCCAGACCAUACUGGUACUCAUAGCAUCUGCCAUUCAGUACAAAUAUGGGGUCGAGCUGGAGGGUACCAAGACUUUGGUUGUUGUGGGAUUGCUGGCUUUUGCUGCUGGAAGUCAAGUCGUCCUGUCCAGGUCUCUGGCGAUAACUGAGAUCAGUACUGCCAUGGCAACAGCGGCGUGGGUCGACCUAAUGAUCGACAAGAACCUGUUUGCCUUACAGAACAGGGCUCGGACACGGCGAGCGAGCUUUCUGGCUGCUCUUGUUGCCGGAGCUUUCCUUGGGGCGUAUGUAUAUCGGAGAUCGGGCUCGGCACCAGCCAUAUUGUUCUCAGGCAUUGGAAAGCUGCUGGUGACCAUCAUGUUCUUGUUCAACGGCAAAGACAAAACCACGGAAUCUCAAAGCAUCGCCUAGUGUUGCAAGGUGUCAUUGGAAAGUCAUAUAAUGUCAAUAGCAGCAAACCGCCAGUAGUGAAAUGAAAACAUCAGACAGCAG